UCCGGCCGUCACUCUCCUCCCGCUGACUAGCCCUAACGGCGAGCGAGUCGCCGACAGAAAAAAAAAGUUUCUCACCGCUUGAUGAGUGAACGCCUGCUCAAGAUGAGUUGAUGCCGGCCUCGACCGGAAGUUUAAUAAAGCAAUUGACAAGGAGGGGGAUGCCUCGCGCGAUGCCUGCUACUUCUGUGUUGACGCCGUCUUAGCGUCGGACGACCGUGCGCGCGCGCGUGUGUGUAUCGCGGUUUCGGCGAUUUGUCAUUUCCUGCAGCGCAGCGCCGUCGCUUGCGCCCAUUUGUGGAAAUGGCACGACAAUUCGCGGAGAACAUGAAGCAGAAGCAUCAUAUGAAUGAAAUACCGCAAGUGUGGAAGUCUUACUUGUACCAACUUCAGCAAAAAGCACCAACACCAAAGAGGAUAGUCUGCAAUAAAGAGGUGCCUAAUCGUCCUGCACAUUAUGGAAGGGAGUUUCACGGGAUCAUAUCUAGGGAGGAAGCGGAGCGGAUGUUGCAAGAAGGAGAUGGCUGCUACCUGGUCAGAGAAAGCCAGCGUGCUCCUGGUCAAUACACGCUAAGCUUAAGGUUUGGAAAUGCAUGCAAGAACUUUAGGUUGUAUCACGAUGGAAUGCACUAUGUCGGGGAGAAGCGCUUUGCAACACUGCAAGACUUGGUGGCCGACGGUCUCAUCACAAUGUACUUGGAGACGUACGCGGGCGAGUACAUCAACUCCAUGUGCGCCCAGUCGCGAUAUGAGGACAGCCCAUACAUGACGCUCCACUCGUACCAGCGCCAGCUUCGUCAGAAGCAGCAGCAGUCGCUUCGCAUGCGCCACCACCGACAGCCACCACCUGCUGCUGAGCAAGAGAGCCACGAGUAUGACAAGCCCGAUGAGGAGCUUGAUUGUCCAUUGCUAGAUGGCAUUCCCGAAGAUAUAAAUGUCCAAGAUUUUGAGAAACCUCAUGCUUUUAAGGUAAAUAACUUCAAAGGCCUUCCUUGGUGUGACUUCUGUGGCAACUUCAUGUGGGGCCUGAUAGCCCAGGGCGUACGUUGUGAAGACUGUGGCUUCAGUGCACACAACCGGUGUUCAGAGAAAGUGCCAAAUGACUGCUUGCCAGACACCAAGUAUGUCAAGCGGGUCUUUGGGGUGGACCUGACUACCCUGGUAAAAGCACACAAUACUCCUCGGCCGUUCGUUUUGGAUAUGUGUAUCAAGGAGAUUGAGCAGAGAGGUUUAGAUACGGAAGGCAUUUAUCGUGUAUCUGGAUUUAGUGAUGAAAUAGAAGCUUUGAGGAUGUCAUUUGAAAAAGAUGGAGAAAGUGCACCAUUGAGUGCAUCGACAUAUGAAGACGUCCAUGUAGUGGCAGGUGCCCUAAAACUGUUUCUGAGGUUGCUGCCAAUACCCCUGAUCACGUUCGACAGCUAUACAAAGUUUUUUGAUGCAGUCAAGAGCAACAAAGUAGAGGAGAAGCUUGAAGCGAUGAAGGAAGCAGUAAAGUCACUGCCGCCUGCUCACUACCAGUCAUUGAAGUAUCUCAUGAGUCAUUUGCAAAGGGUCUCGGAGCACCAGAAGAAAAACUUGAUGUCGCCAAAGAACUUGAGUACAGUAUUUUCACCGACAGUGAUGCGGACGCCCGACAUCAUGGGCAUGGGUCUAGACCAGAUGAGUGCCUGGCACACAGAGAGUGCCGUCGUUGAACUGCUCAUCAGCUAUAAUCGGACCGUGUUUGUCCAGUAGCCAGCCUUUCGGGAGGCCGGCUCACCACACACACUCUAUCAAAGGCUCCCCACCCUUGUGUCGCGUGCCCACCCACCAAAGAGAGUUAUCGACUGGCGCUGUCAUGAAACAGCGCCAGUCUGUGUCCUUGUCUGUCGGCCGCUUUGUCAGUUCAAAUUGACCAACUCUGAUGUCAAAACUGAGCUCGGUUCUGCAAUUUGGUUCAGGGAUGUGGCAUGAUCGCAUAUUUUUAGAGACAUGCUUGGUUGGAGCGGUGGCUCAUCUUCAUGAGGCACUCAGUAUUGAUUUCUAGUUUGCAAGUCAAAACUUUCCUUAUGCCAUGUUUGGGAGGAGUUUGUGAUAUGUGAGGAGUUCCGGCGUACACAUGCUUUGCUUGCUGCUUUUUUUUUUUUUUUACAACUGCUGGUGAUCCUAAUUGGGCUUUGUGGAUUGAGCUAGAAAAAUUUUGCAACCGCUUUUCAAAGCAAAAAGCAGCUCUAAGAUAAAGCAUCUCAUUUAACCUACACUGGUACAGAUGUAGCAUCUGAUUAUGCGUCAUUCUCCCAGCCAUACAGAUUGGCCUUGUGGUGUUUUAUAUUCUGAGUUUGAAUUCAUGGUUUUUUAUUUAUAGGGAAAGUCUGCUUCAAUUAUAAUUGUCAUUGCCAACAACCUCCUUUUUUUUUAAAGCCAGAACUGCUGCUUUUAUUUGCUGUACUUGCUACUGAUGUUGAAUUCAAUAAUUUUACUAAAGCAGUAACAGGAACGUUGUCGCCAUUUCAUGCGCACAAGGUGAAAAUGAGUGCCUCGCAUACAAACGUUUUCUCCAGCUUCUGAUGGCAAAUAUCUCUGCGUUUCGCAGCGAUCACCAACCUUGCUCAUUUGCUAUGGAACAUAUGAUAUCUAUAUAUGAGGCACGAAGAAGUAGGGCGUUUUCUGGGCUUAUAGAAUUGUAGAAAUGGCACUGCUGACAGACUGCUAACCACAUUGCACUGCUUGUUCUGCACGCUGCAUGUUCAGCGUUCACCAAGGCUGAAGUAAUGCAGCAAUUCUAUUUUGACUCCACUCAUUUCAUGCUUUGUCAGUCAAAGCAUGCUUCACCUAUAUUAUCUGCAGAAUAGGGUGAAGGAAAUUGAUAGAUAAGUGUUGAGUAGUAUUAAGCAAGAAAAAAAAAAGAUUGUUUAUUUUUGCCAAGGUACUCAAAAUGAGACUUUUCAAUUGAUGUUCUUUAGGCACAGCACAGUAUUGAAGUAGGUUCUACGGCAUCAAUGUGACAGUGACAAAUUGUUCUCCGAACCAUGGUUUGUGCAUUUUGUGCACGCAGCUUUCAUGAUGCUUGCAACUUACUGCAUGCAUCCAUAAUGGGCCAUAUAUGCAUAAUGUUUUCAUGUUCACUCACUGAUGCCACAGUGCUGUUGACUAAUCUUGGAAGCGAGUCCGUGUAAUGUAAUGAAGUUCUGCAUUGUGAUACUAAUGAGUGUUGACAUGCAAAGUACUUCAAGGAAGAAAGCCUAAUCGAAACCUCAGGAGACUUUAUGGAUACAUAUUUGUAGGAGAUUCCCGGCAAAGUUACAGCGACGUCUUUUUUUUAAUGUCUAUUGUGUUCAGUGGUGGUCAAAUGCCACUGCAUGUGCUGUGAUGUGGUUGGUCCUGUUGGAUGCCCUGGUAUUACUCGUUUUUGUCCUUGUGCUUUGGUUUAAGCUGGCGUUUACAAGUCUUUGAUUACUGUUGUUGUGAGUGCUGUGAAAAUGAGGUGCCAGAAAGGCAAAAUCAUUGUUUUUCUUGCGAUCACCUAAAAGUGCACUAAGGUCUGAAUCUAAGCUAGUUGGUAAGGUAACAUCUUUGAAUGAAACACCGCAAACGACGGUGCAGUAGACUCUGUUUAAGACAAGUUCUGCUAGUUCUCUGGCCAGCUGGACAGUCGGGGUGUCGCUUUCUCUCUCUAUUUUUUUUACCCCAUAAAUUGAACAUUCUUCUGUUUAGAACAACUUCUGAUAAAACAGAACAAAUUUUAACACUUUGUUCAUGUUCCUCUUAAAGGAACACAAGCAGUAAUUUCAGCUAGUGUGAUGGACUCACUUUUGUCAGCCAAUCGAGGUUCAUCAGGAUGAAGAGUUAUCCUAGCAAUCUCCAUGAAAAUUUUUUUAGUUGGCAGUCAAUCAGUGGGAAAUUGUUCCACAUUUUUUACUGAUGGCGCGCACCACUCCUCUGUCUCUUUACAUCAUUUUCUAACUCGCAGAUACUCACCAAUAUUCUGGCAUUUGUUAUCUUAGAAUGCUUAUUUACGAGUCGAGCUUAACUUCAUUUUUGCCUUUAGAUUCCCUAGGAGUACUGUACAUUGAAACUGUGUGUGGCAUUUGGCCUCAUUUUUUUAUAUGUUAUGUCUCAAAUUAUUUUCUUUUCUUUAUUGCAUGUGAGGGGUAGAACUCAUUUAUGAAACUUAUGAUUUGAAUUUUGUAUUAUUGAAUGUGGAAAAUGCUGCUGUCACUGAAUAUAUUGAAGAGAUGAACAAAUUUAUCAUACCAUGUUGUGGAAUACAUGACACUAGAUAUUAUAGGCUGGUCAUUAAGUUACUUUUGUAUAGAGCUGAAUGAAACAGCCCAAAAAAACCUAACUGCAGGGAGAGGCCUUCGUCCUGCAGUGGACAUAAAUAUAGGCUGAUGAUGAUAUAGAGCUGGAGUGUCAUACAUGGAUGGGAUUGGCACGUGAAGUUCUAAUGUUACAUAAAUGAAGCACACUUACGACAGUUUUUAUUUUCACACUCUGAAAAAGACCUUAAGUACAUGUGUUCAUGCUACAGGUGAGCCAAAUGUAACUACCCAAGCCAGUUACAAAGAUAGUUGUUAGCUCAUGGACUUCAUUGGCUUCAAGAGUUUUUGGGCCCAUGUGGCCAUGCUAUCAACAGUGGCACAUGCCGUAGUGACCAUAAAUGGCUACAGUAAAAAUAUUACUUGAUUCCACUAUCUUCUAGGUUGCUCCAAUCAGAUAUGUAUGAAAGUAAGGAUCGUUUUGUAGUUAUUAUCACCGAGGUGGCAACAGUGGUGGAACACUGUAUCAAUAAUGAUGAUGAUGGGUGGGCAUUUAAGCAUGGUCAUUUGGAAUCUCAGUGCCUCAAAGGCAAUUUGUUGUAAUUUUAAACACGGAGACCUUUUUAUGACAACCUUAAAAAGGUAGGCCCUUAUGUACCAAGUUGAACUGAAACAAACUGUAAAACCUUCAUUUAAUGAGCUAUAGUAUAUGAAAGUUUAUAGUUUAAAACCUGUACAUGGCAUUUUUAUCGAUAUUAAGUACCAAGAAGAUCUACACUUGGCUUGCGUCGUAGCUUUUAUUUUUACAUUCUUAGGCAUAUUUGUGGUCAUAGGGUAAUUUGCAGCUUUCUUUUUUAUGGAAUUCAGUGUAAUAUUACUUAUUAAUAAACAUUUACACAGUUUCCAUCAUAUGCUGAGAAAAUCUCUGACGCCACGAUCGAUCGGUAGCAAAAAAUUUCGCAGUGGUGUUGACACUUGUCUCUCUUGUUUCUACGUCCACCCCUGCAUACCCAAGCUCCGUUCAUGCCUACACUGACCUAUUCACAAUUUCGCAAGUGUGCAUGUGAACAUGUUCCAUUGCUUUUAGCCAGAGUACAAUAUUUGUGAAAGCCUGGAAUAUCUAUGACACAGUUAAUUGUAGCCAUUUUUUUUGCAUCACAAGUUGAUACAGUUGAGUUGUGCCACUACAUCAAAAUUUGAUUCUGCACUAGCAAAUCUAGCAGUUCAUGGAAGACUGCAUAAUAAAGCAUUUAAUGAUAGUACUCAGUUAAAGUCCACUGUGUGCAAUAUUUGGGCAUUAUCAGUUUUGGUCAAGUAGGGUCAGCACAUGGGUAACCUAGUGUUUACUCAGGUGAAAAUGAUUAAAUUCCAGGAAGGCUUAGAAACUGUUUUCAUAUACAGUCAAACCUCAAUAUAUCAAAGUUGUACUUGCAGCGAAAAACAUUGUUAUAUGAAGAAUUUUGUUGUAUCGAGGUUUCGUUAAUUCAAUUGAACUAAGGUUGGGAAAUAAAAAUACUUCGUUACGUCCCAAAUUUCGUUAAAUUGAGGUUUGUUGGAACGAGUUUGACUGUUUAUAUCUUCUUUUAAAACAAGGGAUGCUGGCACGAGUUUCUGGUUUCAAUAAAUAGUGAGCUUUCAUUUUUUUUUUUUCAGAAGUAAUCUGUGACUGCUAACAAAUGCUCUAUUUUGGCAAGCACCUAUGCAAAGUGGCACCUAUGCUAAGCACCGAUGCUAAGUGGCUAUGAGCAUCUGCUGCAGAGCACCGGGUUUUACUUCUGGCUGUUGCAGCCAUGUUUCUAUAGGGCAUUGCGCAAGAGUGAGCAUCUACCAUAGUUUCAGUGCACUUUGCAAAACUUGAAAUGGCCAAAGUGAAUCUGCAGCCCGUCAUUGUAUGACCUCCAUAAUCUUUGUUACUUGGGUUGCUAUACCCAACUGCAAUCGAAAUAUUGAACUGCGUACGAAGGCUGUUUAAAAUAGUGUAGUUAGAGGUGCCUUUAUGCACGGUUUUGUGCCGGAAAUACGAGUGGAAGCGUCACAAAAGGCUCGCAAAAAUAGCCAUUCAUGAGACUAAAACUGACAAAAAGAAAGCCGCCGUUACUGCUUGCGAGAAGUGACGCUUGACCUAGAACACGCAACUCCUUUCUGGCAAGGCCUGCAGCUGCCCGUGGCACGCUGAAAAAUUUUGGAGGCGACGUGUUCGGACUUGCAUCGUAGCCACUAACCACCAGGUGCACGCGUUGCCUGCUCAGGUGCCGUUUAGAGGCUGCCAAUAAGAAAAUUAAGAAAUAACCAGCUCUGUAGAUUCGCCAAGACUGCUUCACAGGUAUAUACUGCUCAUUAAAACCAAUUAGGCCCAAGUGAACUUUUGUUGCAGUGGGCCAUUAAUCGAACAAUCAUUACCAAUGAUUUGGGUAAUCAGCAGCAAUGCAGCGAAACAGUAAUGUGCAGGCAUCAUCCAUAAGUCUGUCAAGUGACAGUGUGCCUUGAUAAAGCUGUGCAGGAUUUCUUAUUUUACGUUUCUCGUUUGGUUCUAAGUGUGAGUUUGGGUAUUGAGGUGAGGCUUUUCAAGUGAAAAACAUUUGCUGUGUGGUGUCGAGGUGCAUACUUAUCAGUGUUGACUAUUUUUGAACCACACGUUCAUUCUGGGGGGGGGUUUCUGUUGAAGCUCCUAACCAACAUCGUCAGUGCUAACUUUACUGUGCCGUAUCUAGAUUGAGACAGUGAGUUGAACAAGUUCGUAGAUUAACAUAGUCGAAAUCAAAUGGAUCAAACUGUAUGUGGGCUUCAGAGUCCUUGAUGUAGGGCAUGAGUUGUGGUCCUUUCACAUGUUUCUAUUGGAAAAACUCUAGUUGAGGUUAUAACUUGUUUCAUAUUAUUGUGUGGUGCACUGUUGAAUUGAGUCAUACUGCUUUGAUAGCAUACAUUGAAGUGGGGAUUUCCCAAAGAUUUUAAGCUCAGAUGUGAUUCUUUUCUUAAAGCUUAGAUCGGUGUUCUUGCAGUAUAUUUUUCAUAUUUAAGGGCUUAGUAUUUUUUCUUUGUGGAUGAUCUCUUGUUGAUCACAUUGUAUUCUCAGCUAUGCACUGUGGGUUCAGCAUACUUGACGAAUUCUCUAAGAUACUUGCGGUGCAUAUGCCUUUGCGGGUCUUGCAUGAAUGCUAUUGCUUUUUACGUCACUGCAUUCUAGGUCGCGCUUAGCAUCCCGUUGCUGAAGCGUAUUCCUUCUAUACGAGGUUCGGUUUGUGUGCUGUGAAUAUGGAAGUGGUCUAGACAAAAUUGGUUCUCGUCAGUGUUGCUUGGUGAACAGUAGCAGUGUCCAGUUAAUUUUGUUUCUUUUCCGUUUGUGCUCAUGAACUGAAAAUCAGGUUUUCGCAGUUCCAUGGGAAGUGCUUUUUCCCGGCACUGUUUUGUGUUUGUUUCUUUCACUUGAUAUGUUGAUUUUGGAGAACCCAGUCUUUUGGCUAUGCAGCUUUGAUUUAUUGAAAACUCUAACGGAAGUUUAAAAGUGCUUCUGGUGCAGCAUGCUUGCUCAUUUUAGCACAAAACUGUUUCAGUGGCAGACCGAGAGCACUGCCGGGUGUUUUAAUAGCAUGUCAAGAGUAGGUCAUUGAGCUGAGACCGCUAAGCAGAGCAACCGAGAAUGUUCCACCAAAAUUGGCAGAGUGAACUGAAACUUCGCGAGCUAAACAUUUGGGCUAGUUAAAGGGUGAUCCCAAAUGUACUCACAGCAUAAAAUUAAAUGCGACUUUAAGUGAGAAACAACAGAGUGCUGAAACUUCUUGAUCCUAAGUAAUUUAGGAACUGGUUUAGUAUUCUGUGAACUCUCUUGCCUUUUUGUUUUGGUGGUGGACUCUUUGUUCCAGUUGCAGAAGAUUUGGAGGCAUUGGUCAAUGCUGGAAAAACGUUUAUCAGUUUUAGAGUUGGUCAGUUGCUCUCAGUCUGCCAUUGGAAUUUGAUAUUGGAUGCUCUGAAAUUCACAAUGCUUUUAGCAUGCACUGUGACUUCAAGAUGGGCAGAAAUGGAGGGAUGCUUUUGUAAUUUGGCAAUUAUGUUGCAAGUGCAGGCCGAGAAGUGAACCAAUUAUUGAUUUAUAACUUUGUGUCUUACAGGCUCAAGAUGUUUUUUUACUACAAAUGUGAACAGCGUUAUGUGACCCUUUUAUAUUCAUCGUUUUAUCAAGUGUAGUGAUGAUUUUUUGGUUCUCUAUUUAUAAGUAUCCUUAGGAAUGGUGCCUAUUUCUCCAGUUUCUCUUGUAUAGUUUCGCUGAGUGUAUGUAUGUAUAUAUAUAUAUAUAUAUAUAUAUAUAUAUAUAUAUAUAUAUAUUAUUCAGCCAGUUGGGAGAAAACAAGUCAUACCUUGACGUAGUUGUGUUUUGUGACUGAGGGACUCCUUAGAGUUCUGUUUAAAUGCUUUAUUUCUGUUAUGUGGUUAUUUGCGCAUUUAUACUGUGUGAUGCACAAUUCAUUUCUGAUUUGUAUUUGCGAGUAUUAACUGUGGCGUGUGUCAUCAGAGUACCAGGGGUAUGCUUUGAAGAGUGUAAUAAUUUAUAUUCCGGUUCCGCUGCAUAAUGCAUAGGUGUUAUUUGCUGCGCAGUGUGGGUUUUAUUUGACAUUUCUCAUGCUGGUCAAUGCAUUCCAAUAAAACAAGUUUUUUU